GCGCCGAGCGGACUUCCCUUCGUUCGACGAACGCGCACCGCGUACACGUCUCAGCGUAAAAAUAAUUCUAAAGCGCGCCUGCGUACUUCAACCCAUUUAUAAUUAUUAGUAAAUCGCGGUGCGGGCGCAUGACUGCCGCGCUUAGCUGUCGCUCGCGAUACAAAGUUUUAAACGAUUGUGUACCUAUUCCGAGCCCAGUUAACAAGCCCUUGUGAAAGCCGAAACUAAAUCCCUAACGUCAAUGUGCCUACGUAAUAUAUUACGUCAACGUUAGCACCCACGCUAAAGAUACCGGCGCAGACGUGUACUUUAUACGUUAACACAUCGUGCUUGUGUUUGUGCAUUGUAUAUAAACGUUUCUUAUCAGUGAUUAAAGUAUUGGUGUGAGAAUCUCGAUAUGCCUGAUAAAAAUAAAAAGCGCAAGAAUAAUAAAAAUAAAAGGAAGAACAAAGGGCAGCAGCAACCAAAUAAUAAUAAUUCACGUAUUUCAACUGAAGCAUGUAACCAGCGACCAGAAUGUUUAAAAAAAACUAAUUGUUCGCCAAUAACAAGAGACGAAAUUACGGAAUCGCAAGAAAAACUUGUUGUUGAAACUACUACUCAAGCAGUGACCUCAAACGCUGCUUCUGAAAUCUCAACUGACUUAAAAGAACUACCAAAAGAAAUAAAAUCCUCUAGUGCUAUACCACCCUACCAAUCAACGUCAGCUGCAGGCAUAAUAACUAAAGAAAAUACUCAAUUAUUCGAAGCUUAUAAAGUAGAAUCUCCAGAAAAAACUAUAAAAUCAAUACCAAAAUUACGAAGUGAUAUAAAAAGUAAAAGUGUUGAUAAUGAUGAUCGACCAAUUAUUGUAGAAAUAGUUGAAAGCCUUGAUAAAAAUGAGCUUAGCAGUUCCUUAGCAGACUCAAGUAAUAUUCUCAUAACUGAAUUUGAGCCGGAGGUUGAAUGGGAAAACACAUGUGAUAUAAAAAAAAUUAGUUACAUCGAAGAAGAAAAUGUACCUCCAGGAGUCUUAUCUGUAAUUACUCUACCACUUCACGUAGCAGAAUGUGAAGAGGUUAAAUCAAUGAGUCCAGAAGAAGAGAAAUCUUUAAGACAAUAUUUAAAUACAUUAAAGUUAUCUUCAAAUACAGGCGUUUUUAAAGAGUUGGAAAUAAAACCAGAAAUAGAGCAGCAAGUAAAUCAUGAUAUAAAACAACGCUUACGCAAGAAACCACAGGCUGAAGAAAGUUAUAGGUCUAUGACAGGACCUGCAAGAUCUUUACAUGUAAUUGAUGAAGAAGCAAGCGGGGAAUCUUCAUCAGUUUCGCGUCGUCAUUCUUACCUUAUUGACAAAAAAAGUGAGGAUGAGGAGUUAGACGAUGAUGUAUUUUAUGCAACAAAUGAAACAAAACCAGAAAUAAAGUUUAGAAAGGGGCGCAAAUCGAAUAAUUUAAUAAGUCAAGAAUGCAUACGUGUUGAUGCUCAACUUAAAAAUCCAGAAAUAACUGAAGCGAGAGGUUCCUGGACGACAUCAACUGUUGAAAAAAUUACAGGAGCUGAAAUUGUAUAUCUCACUGACUCAUCUAGUAGCACUAGUUCUCUUUAUGAUAAUAAUGAUAUUGAAGAAAAACAUGACGAUAGUGAUGUAUCUGUUCGUAUUAUAACACCGACUAUUGAAGUUAUUGAUACUGAUAAUUUCUUAAAAAAUGAUUAUAAUUUUAACAUUGUCAAGUCACAAGAUGAACAUAAAAUAAAUAAUAACAGCAUAGAAGAUUAUAAUGAGAAGUUAAAUCAGAAUUUUGACAAUAAUUAUUCUGAAAUCGAACAAAAUGAAAGAAACAAUAAGAAUAUUUCAAAAGAAAAUCACGAGAUUCUUGUUUUAUCAACAGACAAUAUAAAUACCAAUCUAUUCGUAAAAGAUGUAGAAAAGCCUAGUUCUGAAAUACCGACGCCAUCGGUGGAUACCAAAAAAGUGGUAGACAAAUAUGAUCUUGAAAUAAAAGUGUUGAAAUGUGAACUUAACGAUGCUAUUAAUAAUUUAAUAAAGGAAGUAGUCUCAGAAACAGACGCAACGCAAGAAUAUCGCAGUGAUUCAUUAGAACGGGAAGACUCAUCUAGCAGCGUUGGCUCUUCCCAAUGUACUGCAAAGUAUAAUCCUAAGUGUUCUUCACUUAAUGAUAUUUCUAUGCCUGAAUUUGAUGAAAGCGAUAAAAGUAAUGAAUCCCAGAUAUGCUCAAGCGAAAAUAAAAGUCACGUUAAAGAUGUCAUAACAAAUGUUCAAAAUAUAAAUCAUAAUAUUACACAUGAAAAGGCCAUAGAAACCCCAAGUCUUCGAGAUAUGUGUUUGGAAAAAAUUUGUAAGUUGCCAUAUGGUGAACAAAUAUUAGAAGAAUUAGCCAGUGUAUCGGAACGAUUACAAACAUUAAGUGACCACGCUGCUCCAAUUGGUUUAUCAAGAAUCACAACUUUUAAGGAUACCAAUAUUGUAAAACAAAAUGGAUCUAAUGUCAACACGAUAUCACGCGACAAAAUUGUAACGCCUCCUGCAGUACAGCCUCGCAAAUCUUCGUUAAAAAUUAAUCAAGACGAUACUUUAAAAAUGAAUUCUAUAAAAUCAGAGAGUAUGCGAUAUAACUGUCUAUCUCCUUCGCAAAAAAUGUUAAUGGAGACAACAAACUCACUAUCUCAUCUUAAAAAUACUAAAACUUCCGAACAAAAAGAAAACGUAGAAAACAAAAAGGAAUUGUCUAAUCCAAUCAACAAUAAUACGAUUGAUGUGCCAUUUAAAUCUCAAACUGGAAGUCGUUUAUUAGCAUUAUUACGUAACCCAUCAGUGACUACCAAUUCACAGAAACCAAAAUCAAACGAUGACAAUAUUUCUAAUAUAUAUAAGACACAUACAAGUCAAGGCCAUAAAGUAUCAGUGAGUGGUAUAGAAUUCCCUGUUAAGCCAACAAGUGAAGAAUGUAUACUUCAUAGCACCUCAAAUAAUUUUAAGCCUAUACCACCGCCAAAGCCGAGAAAAUAUUCAUCAUCUUUGUACGAAAGUGAUGAGUCAUCAGAUUUUAUUGAUAAUUCUUUUAAGUCAGUGAAAAAUCAUAAAAAAUAUUUUCACUUCUCGACCGGUAACUUAAGUCAAGAGAUAGAAGAUGAUAUUUCCUCUAUUCAAAAUAUGCACAGACAUUAUAAUGACAUGUUUAGGCAAGCAAGAGAAGAUCUACACCCAAGACGUCCAUCUUUGCCUAAAGAUUUAUGUGAUCAACAAAUGGAAUAUAUUCGCCGAAAAGAAAAAGAAGUUGAAGCAGAAAUUUAUCGACUAGAAAGGGAACGAAUUAAUACGCCUCAUAAAAGAGGACCUAGAGCUCCUAUGUUAAAUGAAGAGUUUGAAAGGGAAUCUUUUACGUCAUUUAAUCGCAUUAGAAAUAGCCAAAGUCAUGGGGUUUUACCGUCGAUAAUUUCACCAAGUCCCGGAAAAUUGUCAUCAGUGUUUAGUAAAAGCCAAGAAGAAUUAUUAAGAAAUAAAAUGUAUUCUGAAUAUCUCAGCCAAAUGGCAGAACGCGAGGAAAGAAAACAAAAGAAGAUUAUUAAAAUAACUAAAACACCAUCAAUUAAUUCGUAUUCUAAGAGUUCAUCGGAAUUAACCACUUACGAUUCCAAAGUUAACAAUCGCAUUGAAAAAGAAUUUAUUGACAGAGCCAAGGAUAGGUGGAAUAAGUUAGGCAUUAAGGAUCCAGAAACGGAAGAUGAAUAUGAUAGAAACUCUUAUAGAGAACCAAAAGUGAUUGAACAUAAAAUAAAAGUGAUUGAUUCGGGUGAAGAAAAAGAUGUUCAAAAAUUGCCUAAUCAUUUACAAGACUUUGUGAAGUUUCGAGCAAAAGACAAAAGUGUUAAAAGUGAGAGUCCUGAGACCGUCAUGAUUGCGCCGACGUUCAAAGCGCGCUCUACCUCACCAGCUAUUUGGACGCCUGGGGCGCAGCCGCCGGCGGGCGACAGCGGGUCCAGCGCUGCCACGCCGCCCGUACCGCCCCCACCGCCUGUCUGGACCCCAAACAGCGCCACAGCAUCGCCACAAACACCGCGUAAAACUUUCCGCCCUGUACACUUCGAGGAGUCACCACCAGCCCGCAGAAAAUUUGAAAAUAAAGAAGCGAACGGUUGCAUGAGUGGUUCUGAGGGUGAGAGUCGUCUUCGAACGUCGCAUAGCGCUCCUGUGACCGGCUUCAACUCACUGGGAAGCAAGCUGCCUAAAGCACCGAAUCCUACGGUUACCUUACUUCAAAAGGCUCGAGAAGGACAGCUAUCACGAGCUAGUCAGCAAGUACAAGGUGAUAGUAAUUCCCGUCUUCCACGCGACAGACCAUCACCACCUUUUGGCGACCCUAUUCACGCGUUACGUCGUGGUUACGUGAGUGAAGGGGAAGGCGAAAGGCGCGAUCGGAGCACAACAAAAAUGGCGGAGACGCAGAAAAAAAUCGAAGGAAUAGGACCAAUCACAAAUGACGGCAUGCCUGUUACAUUGAGAUCGGAAGUCAAAGAUCCCUCAAGAUGGUAUAAGAAGAUGUACGACACAAUCCACAAAAAUAAAUACGACAACGAUUAUGUGACGAUACGAUACAAAAGCCGUAGAGACGAACCACAGAGAGUGAGCAGCAGUAAAUCCCAGUACGCGUACUUCGACCCACGCUCAGGGUAUCUGAGUGAACCUGAGGGCGGUCUAAGUAGGCUUACGUCCGGCACGUGGAGUGAUGCGUACGAUAGUGACGUAACAUCCGGUCCACGCCGCCGUACCGCGUCCGUACAGGAAGACAGGAGGAACGAUGUCACUUCACCGUAUCUGGCUAAUAAUAAGUACAGCACAUUAGCAUCGACAAGAGCAAGUCAAGAGGUAUAUAAGUCGCAGCCAGGAAAAAUUGAGAACUACACGCCCGGUAAAUCAUCAGUAGUUGACAAGGAAGCCAAACAGUGGUGGGACGAGGUCAUGGACAUAUUUGAUGGGCAAAACAAGUCCAGUACCACGAUGAGUACUACGUCGCUACCAAAGGAGAAGAAAGACAUCACCUCUGCUAUUUUAUCGAAGUCUAAUAUGGCAAGGGCUUUGAAAGAGUCUGGUUACGAAUCAGAUUCGACGUUGGUGUUCAAACGACGUGAAGACACGGAAGCUCCAUUGUCACCAGCGGAGCGCCGAGCUGCGUACAGAGAUCUUCAAGCGGGGGGCGAACCCCCACUUAGGGGCUUCAGAUCACCUGCCCCACCAAGAACGGAGGAAUCUGAAAUCGAAUACAUUCCAAUAUCUUCAACGUUAACGAAAAUAAGAAUACACAAAAAGUCACCAAGUCUUCAUGAAGUUAUAUGUUAUCCCGUUAUAAGAAUAGAAACAGAUCAAAGGACAACGAUGAAAGGAGCGAAGGAUGUCCUAUUGCCACCUCCUCCACCACGCAGAGUAUCUUCAAGAAGUAGUCGUACUCUUCAACUGGUAACCAUAUCGAAACCUAAAUCAGUAUCACCAAAACGGGUAACAAUGCCAUCUAACGUGGAUUUAAUAAAAGAAAAAAUAAGUAGCAAAUUGAAUAGACAAAAUACACAUUUAAUUCUUAAAAGCUCAGAAACCAUUUCAACAGGGAAUGCUACGCGAAGAAAUAAUUCGAAUUCCGCACCUCCUGUGUUAAUUAGGCAUAAAAGUACAUCUUUACCAACAUGCAAGGAAAAAAAUAAAGUAGUCGGUGUAAAACAUUUCGGUACUAGUAGUUUUGGUUCUCCGAGAAAGACAACUCAACCAACAGAAUAUUCGACACCAUCACGUUGCAAAUAUAGAACAUCUCCAACAUCAAUCGUAAUAGAAGGAGGCGCAGGAAGAAAAACUCCUAUAACAAGCAUAUUGGAUAAAGUAACGCCUAUUGACAAACUUUGGGGAUCGCAGAAACGAAAUGAACAAAUAGAUUUAACAAAAUUAAAAGGUAAAUGUGACAAAAAUAAACAAUUAAAAAUCUCAACUAAUAAACCAUCAAGCAAAUCAUCAACACUUACGGCCGUAACACAUAGAAGCCGUGAUAUGAUUCGUACUUCUGAAAAGGUGCAGAAGUUAAAAUCAUACACUCAAUCAACGCCAUGCUUAGUAAACAAAAGAGACGAGAGGCAAAUUAAAACAAAUAUCAAAACUCUUGCGAAUGUAUCAAAGUCGUCGUCAAAUAUUUGUAACAAUUUCAAAAAGGCUAAUAUUAUAAAGACGAAUGAAAUUACAAACAAAUUAAAUAAGAAGUCAUUAGAAACUGUUUUUAUCAAACCAAAAGUAUUUCCAAGUCAGGAACAAUGUAGUAAAAAUAAACUAAAAGCACAAAAGGUACUACAAACUGUAAAUAAAAAUAGUGGACAUAAGAAAAAGAAAAGCGAUAGCAUUAUCAAUGAAAAAUGUAGGAGUCAAUUUGGAGAUAAUGUAAAUGAAAUUCAUCCCGAAGAAAAUUUAUCUCAGAAAUACUUGCAUGUAAAAGAAAUCAAAGCCGGUCGUGACGCUAUAGUAUCAGACUCCUUUUUUCAACACUUAUUUCUUCAGAAUGCCCAGCCUAUGCCAGUUUUAUCAGUUUCAGAUUCAUAUCAUGCUAAUACUGUAAAAGAAAAGGCCCGAAUGUUUCAAUCUAAUUUAUGUACUGGAGUAUAUUAUAGUCCAAGUGCUGUAAAUACAUAUUUGAUACAUCGCAAACCUGUGUCUCUUUCACGAUUUAAAAUGUGGGAUAAAAAUGAUAGUUCUUCAAGCAUACCGAGCGCAAGGUCUAUAUCAUGGCCCGGUCGAAUGGACGGAAAAAUCAAAAAAUUUGACAGUUUGUCAAAGUGUCAGGAAGAUUAUGGAUCUUCGAUGUCACUAUCUACCAUUCGCAGUAAUAGUGAACCACCGACAAAUAAAUUAUAUUUUUCUCAAACUUCAAGACCUAAGUCACCAGUUAUAAUAUUUCACAGAAAUCAUGAUGACAAAGAUUCUAAAAGCUCCGAAAUCAAUAUUUUACCUUCAAAAACAGUGCAGCAACAGGCGCUACAUGCGUCUAAAUCCAAAAAAUAUCUUAAAUUAAAACCUUCACAUGAUUCCAAUACAGUCAGUGCCACUCCGGUCCGUUUUAUUUCAAAAUCGGAAGAUUAUGAUGAUCUUAACUUAAAUUAUCCACCAACUCUUUUUUUCUCACAAACUUCCAGACCGAUAUCUCCGAAAGUUUCAAAAAAACCUUCAUCCUCUACUAGAAGCCAGUCAACGUCGCCAAUUUCUAUUAGAUCGCCGUCGUAUAGAAGAAUUAACAAUGUAAAAUCCCAACAUAAAGCGAACCUUGUAGGAACGAGACCACGUAGUACUGUAGAUAGUGAAAAGAAAAACACGUUGCCUUCACUUCAGAUGAGGUCUAAAAGUGAUACAUUAUCUCAGUAUAGUGACCCAGAAUAUGAGGAAUAUAUAAAAGAUAUUGAAAAUAAUAAAAAUAGAUCUGAGAGAUUUCGUGAGCUAAAUAGGUACUACACUUAUUUAGAAAGGGUUGGAGAACUUGAAAAAGCCACUUCAAUUACCGACUUACGGCACAGAAAAAAAGAUGAAGAAAUUAUUGAUUUUGAUCGAUGGAAGAAAAUUAGAGCAAUUGAAAGAGCCGAAGAAGAACUCAAUAUUUUAUAUGAGAAGUUAAACAUUGCACAAACGGAAAAAGAUUUUCUCUUUUAUCCUAGAGAUAUAAAAGAUUUUCGUUGGAAAUUUGAGAAGGAAAGGGGUUUGAAAGUAAAAGAAAAGUCAGUUGAAGAUCUUAAGGAUGAUUUGUUACAAAAAUCCUCAUAUUGUCCUCAAGAUGUAGAACCAAAUCAAAAAAAAGAUGUCUAUAAACCUUUGUGGAGGGGUAAAAGUGUAGCUGAAACUGCAUUCAGUAUCAAUAAUAAAAAUGAAUGUAAAAAUAUAAGUAACACAAAUUCUAUUACAAAACCUUCACUUAGUAAAAAUACAGAUUUAUCGAUAGGGGAACUUCGUAAAAAGAUAGGAAUUGGAAAUCGUCUUUGGAGCAGCUUAUCCUUAGACCAAGUAAAUGCUUUAAAAAGUCAAUUGAAUGCAAUUUAUAGUAAAGAACUUGAAUCGAAAUCCCAAAAAGAAAUAAACCAAUAUACAAUGGAGGUAAAAGAAAGUGAUAAAAAUUACAAUUCCAACUUACACGUUAGAUGUAGCUCACUGUCAACGACGCCUACUCAAGACAUCUUACAAGAGUUAAACAAAUCCAAAUCGAUUGCUGCAAUAUGUCCAGUUCCAUCUGAAAAGGAUAAAAAAAAUAAUGUUAAUAAUACACAGAUGUCUCUCAGUGAAAGUGAAAAAAAACAAAUUUCUCAAACUCUUAGUAAAGAAGUAAUUAGACGAAUUAAUACAAAAAGUAAUUCUGAAGAGUAUUGUGAAAAAAAUAGUAAUGAAAAUAAAGAUGUAUGUAAUCUUCCUACUAAUAAAAGGCAUGUAGUUUAUGCAUCAGAUAAAGAAGAAUUGCCCUCUUCGGCUAGUGAAACGGAGACGGGUGGAUCAGAUAAAUCCAAUAAUACUGUAAUCUUUGUGGCACCCAAAAAAGAAGUUAAAAAAAAAGUUGAGUAUUUUGAAUCUGUAAAAAAAAUACCUCAUAAUAGUAUACAAAUUGAAAAUAGCAUCCCAUUAGGUAAACCGAUAAUGAAGUCUUGUGAUAUUUUAUCUCCAGGUUAUAUAUCUCAAUCACAAUCGUGUACAAAUAUUAAGGAACUUUUUGGUGAAAGUGAUAAAAAUAAGUUUUUAUCUUUACCAUCGAAGCCUGAACUAUAUUCGAGAUCGACUUCGCCGUACUCAGACGCGUAUAUUUGCGAUAAGCGAUCGCCUGACUCGCUACGUUUCUCCAGUGACGAGACAAUCUGGCGGAGUCGAAGUCCGUCGCCCGAUCCGGAACGUCACUGGCGAGCCUUCCUAAAACUGGCGCGUGCCGGUGAAGUACGUCGCCUCGCUCGGCGGUUCGAUACACUCCCUGCCACCAGCGUAGUAAUACGCCGGCAUCGCAGUGACCCUGAAAUAAACAACAUCGGUUUAAGAAGUUGUCUAUGUACGGGUAAAUCUGCGAGGCAUAGAGAACGAUGUAAAACAUCAUACACAGUAGCACGCGUGCCACUUAGAUCCACCAAUCGAUUUAUGCCUCAUAUUGAUAUAAUUUCAAAAUUAGCGGCUCUGAGGAGAAGGACUGCUCCAAGAUCGCGAUCAGCCGAAGAAGCGUUAGAAUGUCGACCUGGGGAAGUAGAACGAAUUCGAAAACGCUUCGAAGUCAUGUCACUACUUGGGCAAAUAUAUUCAUCCGCUCCUGAUGUAAGUGAACUUAAAGAUAUAGCACCAUACUUGGAAGGACCUUGGGUUGCGCAUAGGUAUCCAAAGCCGAGUGACAACAAUAGGUCGGUCUUCGAUACGAAAAAGUUUGUUCGAGGCCAAGUGUCCCCAGUUAAGAAGGAAAUUAAGAAACAAAUACCAAAGAAAGGUGUCUUUAAACUUAACUCAAUUUUAAAAAGUGAUGGAAGUGAAGGGCAAGAAUUUAAUCCAUCGGCACACAGGCCAAUUAGCCGCUAUGAACCUCCCCGAUCGCCCGCCCGCCCUCCGCCAGCUGAAUGGCCUUACAAGUUACCACCCUUCGUCACGCCAUCGCGACAUAACGUCAAAUUUGAAGAAACCGAUUCCACUCCGGAGCCACCACGAAGGAUGCCACAGAGCAGCUUCUCAGAUUCAGAAUCACCGAGCCGUCGUUAUGUCGAGAGCGAUGUAAAUAUCCACUAUCGCUGUCCAGUUCGACACGAUCCCUUGCCCUUGGUGCCCGAGAGAGAGCUGGCCCGUCAACAAGCAGAGCAUAUGAAACGGCUCUACCGAGAACAGAAGAGGAAUAAAUACUUACAAGAAAACGACUACCACCCGAUCGACAUAGAAGCGUUUGAUGCGUCCAUUAAGGAGCUCCAAGAUAUGCAGAGUAGAAGGCAUCAAGAUAACUUUAUGCCGUCUCAGAAGACAAUCGUGCCUCUUAAUCGCUAUGACGAGGCUGAUCGAGUGGUAGCAAGGGCUUUGUAUACGUUCAACGGGCAGACGGCAAGAGAACUUAGCUUCAGGAAAGGCGAUAUUAUUAAUGUUAGGCGGCAAAUUGAUAACAAUUGGUACGAAGGCGAAUUUCACGGAAGGAUUGGAUUGUUUCCGUAUAAUUAUGUUGAGUUACUAAAAGGCGAUGUAGCCCAGUCUCCGAAGAAGCCAUUAAUCCUCGAAGGUCGGGCGAGGGCGAAAUUCGAUUUCACAGCACAAACAAAUCUCGAAUUACCGCUCAAGAAGGGUGAAUUAGUGGUUCUUGCGAGGCGUAUAGACCACAACUGGUGGGAGGGCAGAGUGGGGAACAAGACGGGAAUAUUCCCGGACAGCUACGUCACCAUCCUGCAGGAACCCAGUCAGGGUAAGCCGGAACCGCAGCCGAUCCUAUCAACCGACAAGCCAGUAGCUUCACCAGCAGCUCACGGCGUGGUGAACGGAGACAAGCGAAGUCUCGGGGCUCACACUUACACCCCCCAACACAACAGCGCAGCACUCGGCAACGCCCCACCGGCCACUGAACCACUCAUUGGUCAUCCCGCUAAAGGCCACUCAUCACCAGCUGACCGUGGAUUAAAUGCGAGUGUAAACCUCAAUAACACAGAGCCUCUUUAUGUCGACACGAACGCUGAAGCUGUUCCAUAUCGUGCAAUGUACAAAUACCGACCCCAGAACCCUGACGAACUAGAGUUAAAUGAAGGAGAUACCGUAUAUGUAUUGGAGAAAUGUGACGACGGCUGGUACGUCGGAUCCAGUCAACGGACUGGACGGUUCGGGACUUUCCCAGGUAACUACGUGGAGCGCAUUUGAUAGCGGCCGACCUCGCUGCUUCGGCGGCUGCGACGCGCUACGCUUUGUACGCGCAAACUGAGAUGAACUCUUGUAACGCCAUAUCAUUAAAUAAAAACCCUUUGAUCCUAAUAAAUGACGUCACAAUUAGUAGUCGCGGCAUGUGUCACAUAUUGACAUUUGUUUACAAGAUGUUUUAAUGUACUGUUACCAAAAUCAACCCAUGACUUCGUUAUUUAUCAAUUUAAUUUCGCCAUUAAGAUCCUAACACUGCACAAUAAUUUAGGAAAUCGUUGUAAGUAUCAGUUUGAAAUCAUACCAUUUAUUUCCAAAGUUGUUUUAUUUUUCCAAAGAGUUUGAUUAUUGAAUAAUUAUGUUUAAAAUGUAUAAGUGUACAAAAUAACAUGAGACGUGUGUUAGAUGUAAUUAUUUAUUAUGAGCUCAUCUUUUAAAAUGUUUUUUUAAAAGAGCGUAGCUGGGCGUGGUUAAUCCAUACUAACUUUAAUAAAUUUUGCCUUAGUCGCGAAUAAAGAAAAAAAAGAUUUACAAAAUUCGAACUUUAAUAUCUUUUAAGUUGGACAUUUUGUUAAAUUGGCAUCACAAUUGGCUUUUCAUUUUCAACUAAAAAUUUUCUAAAAAAUGUUUAAUUUAUAAAUUAUUGUAUAUAAAGUUUGUUUGUGUUGGUUACCAUAAAACCAUACAAUACUCAAUAUAUUCGUUAGUUAUAGGGCGAGUAACUUGGCAACGUUUGACAAUACAUUAUUAUAUCGUAAUUUUAUGGAAAUAAAUGUCUAUGUAUUUUAUAUGUAAGAGCUUGUAAUAUUUUACGCUGAUAUACACUAUGUACCUAGUCGAUUUAUGCCUAUUUCUAUUUAUAUUGAAAUCCUCUAAUUAUUUAUUAUUACUUUUAUAUUUUAUCGAACUUCCUAUAAUUAAAAACAUUUCUCGCCCUAUGUAGGAUUUUAGAUGUCUUAGUUCUUAACCCUAUAGUUGUUGUUCUCAUGUUAAUUUAUUUUAGUAGCACAAAUGUUUUAUUUGUUGUUGACACCUCUGUAUAUCGUCAUUAACGGCUAUUGUUUCAUAAACGACACAUCUAAUAAAUAUAAUCUUUCUA